UUAUUCUAUAGCCCAGUGCUCUAGUCAGUAGGCAAGGGAUUCGAUCCAUCAUGGCCACCGUGCACAUUGAGCGAUUGAGCUGAAGCGAUAUAGAAACAUAAUAAUAAUUCCCCUGAUGUUGCAAAAGCCCUUCAAGUUUCAUGCAUUUUGUAGCAGACAUCGUUCAACUGAGCUGUGUAAAUUGUUCAACACGAACAACCCUGUUAUCUUCAACCGAAGUACAAGUACACUACUCGCGAUCUGAGUGCACUGAGAACCGCUGAUACUGGAGCCGUACUGCAGGUCACAGGUUUCGGUCUGAAGCGCCACACUCAAUGUCCGGCUGCUGACAAUGGCAUCCGGAGGGUCUGACGACGGUGAGAAGAAAUUCCCGCCUGACGGCCCCAAAAUCGAAAAUCACUUCCACUUUGGAAAUUUCAACGGCCUCAUUACCAUCGGAACAAGCUCUGGGAACACAAUCAACUACGGACCAGAGGUGCGUAUCAAGCUUGAAGGGCCGCCAGAGUUGCUUGUUCGGAUGGUCAGCAUGAUAGACGAAAAGGGGGAGAACUCGUCGAUUACGAUGAGGGAACUCCAACAAAACUGCGAUUGCAACGUCCUCCGCAUCCGCAAAGGAUGCGUGGAGCUCACCCUGCGGGUCGGGAGCCAGAAAGGCCUGGAGAAACUCCUGGCCAUGUGCAACAGCGGAGAUCUCAAGCAGCUGCUGGGCAGAGAGUUCCCAGUCAAUGGUCUGAGGGUGGUCGAGGAAGACAUCGUACAGGCGCGCAAAUUCUUUGAGGAGGAAAAGGCCAAAAUGAAGAAUGAGCUGAGAAAGAAGGUGCAAGAAUUCGAAGAUGCAGCUGGUGAGUAUGUUCGUCGCCGGGUGAAGACGCUCGAGUUACUCAGGGAUUUAGUGGAGUACAUAACUCGACGCCAGAAGCAAGCUCAAGCAGCUGCGGCGGUGGGGGGAGUCAGCGCUGGAUUAGCUUUGUUCACAUUCGGCGUUUCGUAUCUUCUAUCAGCUGCUGCGGCAGGUGCCGUGGUCGCGAUUGUGGCUAUCAUCAUCCAAGCGGUCACCGCCAAAAUAUCCACAGAUGAAGCGAAGAUGUUCAUGGCCAAAGACAAGGUAGCAUGCGACAGAGUCCAGGAGACUCUAGAAAAGGUUGAUUUAACAUUGAGGGAGUGGGAGGGCAAAGAAGAAGGGGUACUGAUUGGUUCCAUUCACGAUUUGGUCAGGGUGGAUAAGGUGAAUCUGAAAAGGGGGGAGGACGCAAUCGAGAAGAUUGAGGGCCAAGGCCGCGGGGAAUUCGUCCAGUUCGUGGUCCUUACAGUAGAUCUAGAUAGGAUCAUAGUUCACAUACUGGACACGUUCACUGGAGAUGUCUCCAGGAUGGCCAAGGCAAUUCAAGAGAUUGCUGAUAAACUGGCCUGUCCGAAUGAGGCGUCAAUGAGGGAACUUGUCUCGAAAAUUAAAACACGGUUCCAACUUGACAACAACUAACAAUUGAAUCAAGUCGAGCGACAAGUUGUACCUUCGAACAUCUUCGUACAUUUUAUGUAAGAAAUGGUUCUCAUCAUACAAUUUGGUAGGAGCAGAUCCAUACAUCGGACGGGAAGGGCGAUAUAACAAUGUAGUCAUGUUGUGAAGUUAUAAUAACAAUAUUUGCCUCAAAAAUAUCCAACGAGUGGUUGACUAUGAAUAUCACGCGGUGAUGCAUUCUAAAAAUACUGUGUCAGUAAAUUCCAGGUCAUACUUGAACAUGUCACUUGUCUGGAUCAAAAUAACACUUCUGAUCAAAAUGACCGGAAAAUUACCAGGACAAGUGUCAUUUUGACCCGGAAAAGUGUCAUUUAGUUGGACCCGGAGAAGGGUCAUUUUGACCUGGAGAAGUGUCAUUUUGACCCGGAGACGAAUCAUUUAAUUUGAACUUAAGAAGUGUCAUUUUGACCCAGAGACUCGUCAUUUAAUUUUACUCGGAAAAGUGUCAUUUUGACCAAGGGGAGUGUCAUUUUGACCCGGAGGCGCGUCAUUUUGUUUGACUCAGAGAAGUGUCGUUUCGACCCGAAGAAGUGUCAUUUAAUUUGACUCGGAGAAGUGUCGUUUUGACCUGGAAAAGUGUCAUUUAAUUUGACUCGGAGAAGUGUCGUUUCGACCCGAAAAAGUGUCAUUUUAUUUGACGUGGAGAAGUGUCAUUUUGACCCGGGAAAUUGUCAGGGUCAACCGUAAAAUAUGACAGUUCCGGGUCGGAUUCGAUCCUAGAAUUUCUAGAGUGUACACCGCGGUACCUAGCCUUUGCCUGAUAAACCUUCUCCAAGGCAAGUUUUCAUUUUGUCUUAAACUCGGUCACAUAAAAUAUAUUGGUGGCUUUUAAAAUAUUAUUUAUUACAUUUCUUUACCCAGGGUGUGCCCAAACAAUUAAAAACUGGUUUCCAUUGGGGCCCUGCAUACACUACUUAUAUUUAUACACACAUGUACAAAUACAAUACAUUACAAAUACAAUAUAUCACAUGUGAAUUAAAAUAAAAGCAUAUUAGAUUACUGCAUGAUUGUAAAGCAACUAUAUUAUAAAUAAUUGAAAUUAAGAAUUGAGUUCGACGAUGUUCUGGGACGAAAAAUAUGUGUCGUUUUGAGGAUUUUUGUGUGAUGUAAGUGUAAAAAUAACCGAGGAAAAUUCAUAAUAGCAAAAUGUAUAACAAUGUAGAGGUGUAUAUGCUAAAGAAACGCCCUUCUGGCACUACUUUACUUAAAUUAGAUAGUCACAAUUGCCGUCGGGUUUCACCGUUUUCAAUUAGUUUGCGUUCUCAAUCUUAAGUCUUCCUCCAAAUUGUGUAGCGUAUUCUUAAUUGGAAUGUUUUUCCAUAAGUAGAUUAGUUAAUUAUCGUAUAGUCACCAUUAUACGUCACAUCAUGGCUGACAGAAUGUGUUGUAUGUAUACCUGAUCAAGAGAUUUUAAAAAGUUAGCAUUUGUAAUAUA